UGAAACUGAUUAUACGAGUGAAAAUGAAAGCAAACACAAGUGUUAGCAUGGACAGCUGUUGUAUUCUUCAUUUUGUUAUUUUCCACCUGGGUAGUUAAAAGUUAAAGCCAUGGAGCAAGUUGAGGCAGAGACAUUCCAGAGUUUUUUUUGUGAUCUCUUCUGCCUCGUGUUCUUUCUCCUGGACGCGGUCUUAGAUGUGUACACAGUGGUGUCUUUAUAUCAGGAGGAGGCAUACGUGUUCAUGGGGUUCCUGGUGUUCAUACUGCUGGGCUCGUCACUCCUGGUCAAUGGCUUCAGCUGGUUGUGGUACGUCCAUGACAAGGACGAGAGGGAGAUCAAGACUGAGGGCCUCGUCCAGAAUCUGCGCACUCUGAAGAUCCUUCACUUGUUCCAGAUGGGCCUAUUCUACAGAUAUGUUAAUGGGGUGUGGAGCUCGAUUCGUGCCCUCUGGUGUGGGAAGCGCUGCGCAGGCCAUCAGCCUCUGAAACAUGACCUGUCCAUAUUGUGCUUCUUUGAUGCCUUUUCCGAGAGCGCUCCACAGCUGGUCCUCAUGGUCACCAUCAUAAUCCAGACGGGAAAGCAGGAACUUCUCCCAAUCUUGAAGGCUGUUGCUUCAGCGUCGGCCAUCGCUGUCAGUGUGACAAUGUACCACCGCUCUCUACGUUCCUUCCUCCCAGACAAGACCAAUCAGGGCUGGCGCUCCUCUGUGGUCUACUUCCUGUGGAACCUGCUCCUGAUUGCGUCACGUGUGGCGGCAGUCGCCCUCAUCGCCUCGGUCUUUCCCUGCUACAUCGCUGCCCACUUCCUGUGUUCCUGGAUGGUUCAAUUUGUUAUCGCCUGGCGCCAUAAAACAAAGUUCAUGGACAGCACUGGUGGAGAAUGUCUCUACCAGGCCACCGUAGGACUCAUCUGGUAUUUUAUCUGGUUUAACGUGGUGGAGGGACACUCUAGAUUGGAGCGGAAACUCUAUCACGUCUUGAUGGGACUGGAUAUUUCUAUACUUUGUGGUAUUUGGGUUUGGCAGAUGAUUAGAAACCCUCCAUAUUUUGACCUGCCCAUAGAGCCUUAUGUCAUCCUUGUUGUAGUGAUGUUUCUCUACAUUGUUGGAGUCGUUCUUAUGUUGAUAUACUACAGAUUCUAUCACCCAAACCUUCCACAGAAAACAUUUACAAGUGUGGGUCCUGAAGGCACUCUUACCGGCACCACGAGUGAGAAUGACGUGACACCCGGUACUGGGUUCCGCUACGCGGUCGCUGACGACAACCCCCUAGAAAACGUCAUGAGGGUCAAUAAGAGGAUGAAGAACUUAGCCGAUAACUUCUACUUCCGAACUGGUUGACAUUUGUAGCAUCGAAACGUGGUAAUCAAAUGUUUCUGAUAUCUGCCCCAUCGGCCUGCAUUAAGACCUGAUUCCCUCAUCUCUUCCACUAUUCAAGUAUUUCAAACUUGUACGUCAGCUUUUGAGCUUCUGACCCUGUUGAUCAAUCCAUAUUGCUGAGGAAGUUGUCAUUACUAUGCUUUGACAAAAAACUUUGGAGUGGUUUAAGAAUUAUCUCCGUGGCAAAACCAAGGCUAUAACCGUAGAUGGAGUUAAACUCCAUAUGUAGAGGCACCUCAAGAGUUGAACGCACUCGGACCUCUCCAGUUUGCCCUUUAAAAUAACGACAUUGGGAAUUAUAGGAAACAUUUCAUAAUGCAUGUUAAUGCUGAGGAUUACAGCAUUAUGAAUUGUUGCUAAUUCUGUAAUACAGGCCUUUAUUAUUGUAAUACAGGCCUUUUCUUUAUUACUGUAAUACAGGCCUUUUCUCUAUUACAAUCAAUUACAUUUUGUUGCUCAUUCUGUAAUACAGGCAUGUACUCUAUUACAAUCACAUUUUCAGGCUUUACCAAUAUUGCGCCUAGAUCUUAAACCAGAAAAAACAUACUACUCUGAGGGCCCAUAACAUGUCAGUCUAAAGUUACAAAUGCAGAAGGAACCCUAAUUUAAUUGGCGCUCUCUUACAAGUAUCUUGGAUUUUGCUUGAUGAUGUCAGCUAAAAUACAUCUUACUAAAUAUUAAAUUACAAAGUUUCUAAAUUAAUUAGGAAGCUCAAGUUAAAGUUUGGAUUCCUUUAAAGAAAUACUGCAUGCCUAUCAUGAUAUUGUUGAAACAUGAUGGUCCAAACUUAUUUCAUAUCUAGGCUUAUUUACGCUUAUGUAUACAGCCGCUUGGACUUUUAAACUGUUGGAUCACUGUUCUUUUUGUUUUAUCUCUGGUGACAUUUCAGGGCAUCAUUUUAAACCAUCAUUUACGGACACGAUAUUAGGAUAUAAUUUCAGGUCCUUUAGGUUUGUUGACCUUUUUUGGUUUUCAUAUUGCAAAUAGAUUGACUUUGGAACUCCUGCCAUCCUCUUAUUGUAUUAAAUACUGUAACUUAA